AAAUAGAUUAUUUAGAGCUGCAAUUAAAAAUUGUUUUGUGUGUAAAACUGUGAAGAAGAAAGUUUGCAUUUUUCGAGUUGCUGUUCUUUGCAAUUGUGACACGUGAUUUCCGUCCGUUAAGUUUAGUGUAUGAAGUGAGAGAAACACCCAUUCCACCCACCCCCAAAAACCCCACCCACCCAUUCCAGGUAUACGAUAGAAAUUAUGGGACACCUGUCCACAUCGGAGCGUGUGUGCAGCACAACGCCUGUGGCAAGCACAGGUGAGGGCAGUCCACCGCUUCUCUCUUCUCGUCGCGCCAAGCUGAGCGGCGAGCAGUCGCAGGCGCGUGGACGUGGCGAGGACUCAUCGCCGGAGUCGAUGCCGCGCGCCAAGCAGCAACAGAAGACGCUGGCAGCAGCAGCAACAGCACAGCAGCAAUCUGUAAUGGCACCGCCGGCGCCAAGGCAUAUACCCAAAUAUCUGAUCAAUCAUGUACCCAAGGAUCAAAUCAAUAUGGACGAAUAUACGCGUAAUUUCCAAGGCGACAAUAUUCUUGGCUGGCAAUUCAAGGCACCACUAAAAUGGGACAAAGUCAUUCAGAUCUCGCUGCUGCAUCUGGUCGCCUUAAUCUGUCUACUCACCUAUCCGCUGCACGAGUUGCGCCUCAACACACUCAUCUGGUCCUUCUUUAUGGGUGGCGUGGCUGGAUUUGGCGUCACUGCGGGCGCCCAUCGCUUCUGGACACAUCGCAGCUACAAGGCGAACACGCUCCUGAGGAGUCUCCUCAUGAUCAGUUACUCGGUGGCUGGACAGAAUACGCUGUACGAUUGGGUGCGGGAUCAUCGGGUGCAUCACAAGUACUCGGAGACGGAUGCCGAUCCGCAUAAUGCCAAUCGCGGCUUCUUCUUCUCCCACGUCGGCUGGCUGAUGAUGCUCAAGCAUCCAGAUGUACUGCGUCGUGGCAGGCAAAUCGAUAUGUCCGACAUUCUGGCCGAUCCUGUCAUCCAGUUCCAUCAAAAGUAUUUUGUGCUGCUCAAGAUCAUGCUGUGCUUCGUGCUGCCCACAAUGGUGCCGGUGUAUUGCUGGAACGACACCUGGUUCCAUGCGUUUGUCCAUCAGUGCAUCUUCCGCUAUGUGUUCAGCCUGAAUUUCACCUGGUCCGUCAACAGCGCUGCUCAUCUCUGGGGCUCCCGUCCGUACGACAAACGCAUCAUGCCCAGCGAGAAUAUCUAUGUGUCGAUUAUGGCGAUGGGUGAGGGCUGGCACAACUAUCAUCAUGUCUUCCCCUGGGACUACAAAGCAGCUGAGCUGGGCAACUAUAAGGUGAACUUUACCACCAUGGUGCUGGAUACGUUCCAUCGCCUGGGCUGGGCCUGGGACAUGAAGCAGCCGUCCAAGGAGCUGGUGCGUCGCACUCUCGAGAAAUAUGGCGAUGGCACACACGCCUCCCAGCAGGGUGUGGCUGAGGCAACCACAUCCAGUGGCGUUAUCGGCAGCACUCAAAUGGUUGGACACAUCCAUUAUGCCGAGGUGCCGGAUCCAGAACUGGAGUACGAUGCGGAGUCGAGCAGCACUGAGAGCGCCAAGCUGGACGAGAAUGACAAUGAGAGCGAACGACAGAAGAAGGGCACCAAGAAGUUGGCCAUUUAGUUGGUAGUUCGGGGGGAAAUCUUGAAUUUCAGUUGGUUUACUUAAGUGUGGGGCGCUCAAAGCAUGUUCAACAACAACAACAACAACAACAGAUACAACAUGCCACAUGCAACAUGAAAAAUGUUCAGACAAUUUUAACACUUAACUCUUAUUUAAUGCGAGGUCUUGUCAUCCCAGGAACAGGCCACGUCUGGCUGUUCUAUAUAUAUAUACCUAUAUACAUAUAUAUAUAUAUAUAUAUAUAUUCAUAUACACGAUUUAUGCAUCUAAGCAUCCGCAACUUGUGCGUCUUGGGCGUGGGGCGGGUCAUGGUCAAUAAUCGUUUUAUUAAAUUAAUUAAUAUUCUUAUUUGUA